GGCCCAAUUAUUUUUACAUUUUAGUUGCGGUUAUUAAUCCAAGAGGCCUGCUAGAAGUCCGCCACACUCGACCCAGAAAAAAAGUCCGCCAAACUGAGAGUUAGUUAUAGUUCACUUUCCUCGGCUUCCCUCUCCAAUGGCUCUCAUAUCUCCACCUCCAACUCUUCCGUCGCUGCUCUGAAUACCAGACAGUAGCCAUGGCGGCAGUUGCAACAGUACUGCUACCGUCGGCAAUGCACAGGAGCUCCCCGUCUUCACUCACCCGCUCGUUAGCUUUCUCGAUCGGGGAUGAUGGUUUCCGUCUUCGAUCCCCAUUCAAUUCUCGUCGCGUCCGGGAUUCCUCUUCCGGCACGUCAAGGGAUAAGUUGUUCCCUUUGGCCUCCACUUCGACUCCAUGCAGAACUAUUCACUCUGGGUUCAAACAGUCCUUUCCGUGGAGAGAGUUGUCAGCUCGAUUUGUAGCUACGGAAGCAGUGGUGAAUGAUGCAGUAGGGGUUCCCAGUCUACCUCAAGAAGAAAUGCCUCCACGGGUGUACACUUGGCCUUAUAAGAAGAACCCGAGGGUGUGCAUUCUAGGCGGUGGAUUUGGAGGCUUAUAUACUGCUUUGAGACUAGAAUCACUCGCUUGGCCGGAUGAUAAGAAACCUCAGGUGCUCCUUGUUGACCAAGCGGAUCGUUUUGUCUUCAAGCCCAUGUUGUAUGAGAUUCUUUCAGGAGAAGUGGAUUCUUGGGAAAUCGCUCCCCGCUUCGCGGACUUGCUUUCAAACACUGCUGUGCAGUUUGUGCAAGACAGGGUAAAAGUUCUACAGCCAUGUGAUCAGUUGGGAAUCAAUGGGUCAGCAAAAUCUGAUUCUGCUGGUACAGUCCUGCUACAAAGUGGCCUGCUGAUAGAGUAUGACUGGCUGGUUCUUGCUCUAGGAUCUGAAGCAAAACUUGAUGUUGUGCCAGGUUCAGCAGAGUAUGCAUUGCCAUUUUCUACACUGGAAGACGCUCUUAAGGUUGACUGUAAGUUAAGAGAACUGGAGAGGAGAAACUUCAGUAAGGGAUCUCCAAUAAGUGUAUGUAUUGUCGGUUGUGGUUAUGCUGGAGUAGAGUUGGCUGCCACCGUUGCUGAGAGACUGCAGGAUAGAGGAGUAGUACGUGCUAUUAAUGUGGAGAAUAUGAUCUGCCCAACUGCUCCACCUGGAAACAGGGAAGCUGCACUUAAAGUUCUUACAUCCAGGAAAGUUGAAUUGCUAUUGGGUUACUUUGCCCGCUCUAUCCAAAAAACAAGUGACUCGGAUUCUGAGAAAUACAUUUUGGAACUGCAACCUGCUGAGAAGGGAAUGCAAAGUCAAAGUCUUGAAACAGAUUUAGUGUUAUGGACUGUGGGGUCUAAACCUUUGCUUCCUGAGCUGGAACCCCGUGAACGGCCUCUCGAGCUUCCGCUUAACGCAAGGGGCCAGGCCGAGACAGAUGAGACCCUUCGUGUCAAGGGUCACCCACGGAUAUUCGCUCUUGGUGACUCAUCUUCUCUCAGGGAUUUGAAAGGGAAGGUUCUUCCGCCAACAGCUCAGGUUGCUUUUCAGCAAGCAGAUUUUACUGGUUGGAAUCUUUGGGCUGCAAUUAAUGACCGUCCAUUGUUGCCAUUUAGGUUCCAAAAUCUGGGCGAAAUGAUGACUCUGGGGCAGAGCGAUGCUGCUGUAACGCCGAGUUUCAUCGAUGGGCUAACCUUAGAAGGUCCUAUCGGCCAUACUGCUAGGAAAAUUGCGUACUUGAUUCGGCUACCAACGGAUGAGCACCGGGUUAAAGUCGGGCUGAGCUGGCUGACCAGGUCUGCCAUCCAGUCGAUUGCAUCAGUUCAGGACACCCUUACCAAGAUUGUUUCAGGAUCAUAGCUGGCCAAGUCUGGAAGUAAUGUAUAACAGUAUAUACCGUUGGAUAUUUACUGAGGGGUUGAAUAUCCUCUAGUGGCAUAUAGGUGAUUCACGUGUAAAGAACUGGUACUGAUGAAUCUUUUCGCCCAUAUAUCGCCAAUUAGAAUCAGGAAAUGUCAGCAGAUGCUCAAUAUCUAUAGCACAAGUCGUCUUAGGAUUGAAUGAAGCUCAUUUCGCGGUAAGUUGUUUAUCGUUCCAUGAAAGAGCCAUGUUGAGGAAUAUCAAUAUUGACGGCAACUUCGACUAUACCGUAAAGAAAUAUUUACUUCUUCGUACAACAUGAUGAUCGUUUCACUCAUUUUUACGUUUUCUCGUUGAUUGUUAAUAUCUGUCGUGCAAGCUUCGUUUAUAAGUGGAAUGAUUAUUCACAGCUAUCAGGAAUGCGUCGAAGCCUGGCUCGUUCUUAACCAGCGUUCUGUUCAGCAUGGUAACGCAAACUUCGCUUACUGAAGUACUUACCUUAGUCCUUACAAUACAAAUACAUGAAAAGGAGGAGAGGUACGUGGAAGAAAAUAAGAGGGGGAAGAGGUACGUGGAAGCAAACUAAAGGAUGAGAUGAGGUGAGCAAGCAAAGCAAGUUGCAGAGGUGUGUUGGAUUUCGGGCGCACUUUUGGCCCUUCGCUUGGAUAUUUCCUUAUGCUUCAAUGGAUAACAGAUUCAUUAGCCAUUACCACUUUUUUCAUAUCCUCUCCUACUCCAUGUUUCUUGUGUAUAUAUAAGCUAUACAACACAGCAGCACAAAUAUCCCACAAACGAACCACCAAGUAUCUUGGACUUGGACCCCAAAUAUCUCUCAACCAAGGGCAAAAGAUCUUCCCCUCCUCUCUCCCUCUUUCUGUUUUCUCUCAAGAUGUGCAGAGGAGAAGAAGAACAACAGCAGCAGCCACUGGUUCCUUGCUUGCACUGCCAACCACAAGAAUGCAUCAGAAUGGUAAACCUUACCCCCACUACAGUGAUCUAAACGGAUGCAUAUCCUUAUCUUUUCAUGCAGAAAUUAUUGGCCCUGGAGAAUGCCAUUUUUCUUUGCUGAAGUACUGUGAUACUGUGAAUUGUUGCAGGUUCAGCAUUUGAUAGAGAGGUGUUUGAUACUUCGCAUGAACAGAGAUGAAUGCGCCACAGCACUCUCCAAGCAUGCCUGCAUUCAUCCCACAGUCACACUCACUGGUAAGGAAUCGAUACAACACGCUAAUCUAUGUGAUUAGUGUCGCGCUUUCUUAAUUAAUUACCUUUCGCACGAGGAAAACUAUUGUGACUACAUUUGUACUAUAUAUCGUAGUUGUUGUCUUGAUAGUAUCUCAUAUAACCAUAGUGCUGUUUUGAUUUGAUUUUGCAGUGUGGGAAGGAUUGCUGAAAGAGAAUAGAGACUUCUUCCGGAC